UGCUUCCUUCUGUAUUAUCACAUUAACACAAUCCUUCACUUCACACACACCUUUCUUCAUCAUGGGGAACUUUGCUGCCAAUGAGGGGCUCUCCGUCUUUGUUAUUCUGGUCUGGCUGGGGAUCAACGCGUACCUGUUUGUCCAAUUCUACCUGAACUUCUUGGUGGAGAGAUGGUUUUAUACCCGGGUGCUUCUCGGGCAAGCUCUUUCCUGGGCCAGAGCUCCUGCUGCCUGCCUCAACUUCAACUGUAUGCUCAUCCUGUUGCCAGUUUGCAGAAACCUGCUCUCCCUCCUCCGUGGCACCAUUCAGUUAUGUAGCCGCACAGCCGCUCGUCAGCUGGACCGAAACAUCACUUUUCACAAACUGGUGGCUUAUAUGAUUGCCUUUCAUACAGCCGUGCACAUCGUUGCACACUUGUUUAACUUUGAGUAUUUCAUGGAUGCCCAGCUGAAUCGUGACCCCGUAAACCUGCCCUUCUUCUUGUCUGACAUUGGUAACGGAGAUGGCCGUCCCUUCCUAAACCCCAUCCGGACCAAUGAGACUAACCCUACCAUCGUCAUGUUCACCACCAUCGCCGGGCUGACGGGCGUGGCCAUCACACUGGCCCUCAUCCUCAUCAUCACUUCAUCCAUGGAGGUCAUCCGCAGGUCGUACUUCGAGGUGUUCUGGUACACGCACCACCUGUUUGUCAUCUUCUUCAUCGGGCUGGUGUUCCAUGGCUACGGGCGGAUUGUGCGAGGACAGACACCAAAAAGCUUGGAGACAAACAAUCCGAAAGUCUGUGCCGAACAAUUUAUGGAGUGGGGGAAAAACUCCACUUGUGCUGUGCCAACAUUUGCUGGAAACCCGCCGGGGACAUGGAAGUGGGUUGUGGCCCCCAUGUUCCUGUAUGUGUGUGAGAGGAUUGUCCGCCUCUAUCGCUCCUUCCAGAAAGUCGUCAUCACCAAGGUGGUGAUGCACCCCUCCAAAACGCUGGAGCUGCAGAUGAAGAGGAAAGGUUUCCACAUGGAGGUGGGUCAGUAUGUCUUCAUCAAGUGUCCGUCCAUCUCCAGGCUGGAGUGGCACCCGUUCACCCUGACCUCCGCCCCCGAGGAGGACUUCUUCAGCGCCCACAUCCGUAUUGUUGGCGACUGGACUCAGGCUCUGUAUGUGGCCUGUGGAGGAGACAAAACCGAGACUCAGGCGGCAUGGCAACUACCCAGUGUGGCCAUAGACGGCCCAUUUGGUACGGCCAGCGAGGACGUGUUUCGUUACGAGGUGGUCAUGCUGGUGGGAGCAGGAAUCGGUGUGACUCCUUUUGCCUCCAUCCUCAAGUCUGUGUGGUACAAACGCAUCCAGAACAACCAGGACGUCUUCACCAAGAAGAUCUACUUCUACUGGCUGUGCCCAGAGACGGAGGCCUUUGAGUGGUUUGCAGAUCUGCUGCAGGUCCUGGAGAACCAGAUGGCGGAGAAGGGCGUGACCGACUUCCUCAGCUACAACAUCUACCUCACCCGCUGGAAGGAGACCGAGGCCGCUCACUUCCGUGUUCACCACGAAGCAGAGAACGAUCCAAUCACAGGGCUCAAACAGAAGACUCUUUAUGGGAAACCCAACUGGGACAAUGAGUUUACCAAUAUUGCUACAAAGCACCCAGGAACCAAAGUUGGAGUCUUCCUGUGCGGUCCGCCUCAGCUCGGCAAGUCUCUGGAGAAACAGUGUCAUUCUCACACUGAGGCCGACGUCAAGUUCAUCUUCAACAAAGAAAACUUCUAAAAAAAACCAAAAAACUUCUUAAACAGCGAGGAAAUUUCCCAAGUAGCAGCAGGGGUCACGUGUUACACCACAA